AUGGCUGACACUAUUAUCUCUCUUGUUAUUGAAAGAACUGUUGAUCUGCUGAUUAAAAAAUCUGUUUUCCUGAAAGAUGUUGGACGACAAGUUGAAAGAGUCCGAAAUGAUCUGGACUGGAUGCGGUGUUUCCUGAAAGAUGCAGAUCAAAGGCAAGAUGAAGAUGAAAGGAUUCACCACUGGGUUUCACAAAUCAGAGCUGCUGCCUAUGAUGCAGAGGAUGUCAUUGAGAUCUUUGCCGGCAAAAUUGAGUUCAUGAAAGAUAAGGGAUUUGUCCUGAAAUUGGCAUAUUAUCCCUGGCGGAUUGUGAGCCUCAACAAGAUAGGCAAAGAUAUUGAGUCCUUACAGAUGAGGCUCAAUGACAUAGCUGAUAGCCGUGAAAAAUACGGUAUAAAAAAUCUAGGAGAGCGAACGAAUACACAUGGAGAAGAGCUUCAACGGCUCCGACGAUCCUCUCCAAUUAGUGAGGACAUGGAUAUUGUGGGCUUCGAGAAGAUGGUAAAAUCCCUGGUGGCAGAACUCUUGAAAGAGGACAGAAACCGCCGUGUGGUUUCAAUCAUUGGCAUGGGAGGUGCUGGUAAGACAACUCUAGCCAAAAAAGUUUAUAACCAUGCUGAUGUCAGGACAAGAUUCAACUGCCGUGCUUGGGUCUGCGUCUCUUCAAGCUACGAUCACAAAAAGAUGCUGAGGGCAAUCAUAAAGCAAUUGAAUGAAAUGAGUAAAGAGCUACUUGAAGUGUUGGAAAAGAUGGAAGAGGAAGACUUGGAACGAAGGCUGUAUAAAGAUCUACAAGAUAAGUGUUAUCUUGUGGUACUUGAUGAUUUGUGGAAAGAAGAAGCGUGGGAUUGUCUUGCUAGAGCCUUUCCUGAUGUUAAUACAUCAAGUAGACUGCUACUUACAAGUCGCAAUCGGGAUGUUGCCCAACACGCAGAUGCUCUUAGCAAACCACAUGAGCUGAAAACUCUGGGGGAGGAAGACAGCUGGCAGUUGUUCCUCAGAAAGGCCUUAGACCAUGGAGCUAAUGUUGGGUGUCCUCGAGAUUUGGAAGAAGUAGGCAGAGAGAUUGUAAGGAGAUGUGCUGGUCUGCCACUGGCCAUCACAGUUGUUGGUGGGCUGCUACUGGGCAAGAAAAAGUUGAAGAGUGAAUGGGAGAAAAUUCUCAACAAUUUCAGCACACACCUAUCAAGAAGCCAGAGUGGGGUAUCAGCAAUUCUGGAAUUAAGUUAUGCAGACCUCCCUGCCAAUCUGAAAUUUUGCUUUUCGUAUUUGGGUUUGUUUCCAGAAGACCACGUGAUUUCUGUGCGCAAGUUGAUCCAAAUGUGGGUUGCAGAGGGAAUAAUCCAGAAAAGAGAUGCAAAAAAUUUGGAGGAAACUGCAGCAUAUGAUGUAGAACAACUUUGUAGCAGGAAUAUGGUCCAAGUGGCAGAAAUGACUGUUGAUGAGAGGAUUAAAAGCUGCAGAGUCCAUGAUUUGCUGCGAGAGCUUGCAAUCAGAAAGGCAGAUGAUGAAAAUUUUUUUCAGAUCAAUGACACCAGAGAUGAUGAAAUAUCAGCCGAAUCCAGGUACCUUGCUGUUCAUAGUCUCCCUCUGGAUAAAAAUUAUUUUGGGUCUUCGACCCCUCCUCUCCGGUCUCUGUUUUUUUUCAAUGUCCGCUAUCACAGGAAAAACAUUAGUCUUAUCUUCAAAAGUUUCAGAAAGCUGAGGAUACUAGACCUUGAGAAUGUUAUUAUGUACUUUAAUUUGCCAAAAGGAAUUGGUGAAGUCAGGCUUCUAAGGUACCUCAAUUUAAGAGGCACACACAUUAGAAGGCUCCCUCAUUCCGUCGGUUGCUUGCGAAACCUACAAACUCUUGACAUACGGAACUCUUACCCAGAGAGAGUUUAUCCAUUACGAGUGAAAGUUUCAAAUUUCAUUUGGAAGCUUGAAAGUUUACGGCAUCUAUAUGCCUAUGAUAUAAGCUGUGAUGUGCCUCUUAAGAUUGAAGGAUUGAGGAAUCUCCAGACUCUGUCAGGCAUACGCUUUGAGGACGUUAUGCACAAUAACAUGGUAACUCUGACAAGUCUUCAGAAACUGGGGAUUGUAGUGGAUGACAGGUCAGACAUAGACAAACUCUGCAGGCAUUUAUCUGAGGUUGGAAGUUUAAAGACGUUACAUCUUUAUUGUUAUAUAGAAAGAGAGCGUCCAUCUCUAGCUGGACUUUCUAGACUCCAUCAUGUGACAGAGCUUAAGCUAGUCGGGCUGGAUUUGAGAAUGCUGCCUCCUGAUUUCCCUCCAAAUCUCUCUCGCUUGUCUUUGAGAUCCAUGUAUCUCAUGGAUGACCCAAUGCCAGUACUGGAGAAGUUGGGACAGCUGUCGUUCCUAAAAAUGAAAGAUACAUAUGUUCGACCACAGCAUGUGGUCAUUUCUAGGCACGGGUUUCACCAAUUGAAAUUCCUUGAGCUCAACCGCCUAUUUCAUGUGCAUGAAAUAAAGGUGGAGGAAGGUGCAUUGCCACAGCUCCAGUGCCUGAGAAUCAGGGAGUGCCACAGAUUAGCAAAGUUGCUGGAAGAGCUGAAGCACAUAUCUACUCUUGAUACGCUUGAGCUUGUGGGGAUGCCAAAAGAUUUCAUCAGUGGGCUUGAUGCGGACCUGGUAUACAGCGUCCCAAACCUCAGAAUAUUUUGA